UUAAACAUGGCUUCUGAGGCUGCUCAGAAUUUCCUUCAGCCACUGUCAUCUUGGAUGUCUCAAAUAUAUGAAGCUAUCCAACAAGCAGGAGACUCUAUAUCUGCUUCACUGCUGAAUCUGAGUGGAGUGGGUCGUAAAUCAGAAGACGAGAGGAGCAGGGACUUGGAGAAUAACAAAUUUUACGAUGAUUAUUCUGAGGAAUUGGAUGAUGAACGACACUUGGACCUCUGGGAUGAGGAAUACUUGUAUCCUAAAGAAGACAGUCACAUUGGAGGUCCUGAUCUUGCUUCAGAAGACCUCCCUCAUGGCUCUGGCAUGAUUCAGCAGAAGCAAAAGCAGGUUAAAAAUACCAGCAGCUUACAAGAGCAGUGUGUUGAAAGCACCAGGUCUUUGAUAGCCAAUGGAUCCUACUGGACAAAUGAAGAUCUCCAGACACUUGAUCGGCUUCCUCCCAUUUUUGAGGAAGAAGGUGAAUCCUCCAUGAAGAUGGGAGGUCAUGAGCACAACCUCAGCUUGGGUAGCACCUUAAAAAGUAAUAUUGGCAAGGCAAGUUUUGCAGGUCUGGAUGGACUAAGCCAACUGAGUUACCAAGACAACCUAUCCUAUGGUGAAGAUGACCAUUUAUCUGUUGAUUCAAGAGCAACAACUGAGAGUAGGGGCAUGGGGCAGCAUAAAGAGCCUAGGAUGGAGUCCAGUAUUGCUGAUGGCAUUAGGCGGCAAGCCACAGAAGGAUGUUUGGAAGUGGAUACCAACCAGAGAUUUGAAGUAAAUGAUGCUACUGACAGCUCAUCGCCUUGGAGCCCCAAGGAACAUAUUGAAGUGAAUAGCAUACCAGCUCAUCAUAGUGCUCAUGAACCCAUCUGUAAAUGUGGUGAUCUAGACAUCCUCUUCAACUAUAAAGCCUCAAGUCAAAAGUUAGUAGUUACUGUCUUAGAAGCACGGGAUAUCCCAGACAAAGACCGCAGUGGAGUGAACACCUGGCAAGUGCACACAGUGCUGAUGCCUAGCAAGAAACAGAGGGGUAAGACAAGUGUUCAGAGGGGACCGAUCCCUGUGUUCAAGGAUAAAAUUACCUUCAGUAAGCUGGAGCCAGAGGAGUUAAGCAGCCAUGGCAUUCGUUUCCGGCUCUAUGCAGUGCACAAGAUAAUUGGAGAGAAGAUGAUGGGAGAGCAGUUGUUCUGCCUGAGCAACAUCAGCCAGGAAGGGGAAGCAAAAGUGACACUGGUCUUGGAGCCAAGGAGUAACUUGAGUAGUGCAGACUCUCAGCUUAGUCUGUCAGCAAUCUCUCACAGCGAUAGUGCUUCUUCAACACAGUCCCUGUCACAUGGAGGUGUGCCAGAGCUGCUCGUGGGAUUGUCAUACAAUGCCACUACAGGGCGGCUGUCAGUGGAAGUGAUCAAAGGCAGUCAUUUCCGAAACCUCGCCAUUAAUAGGCCACCUGAUACUUAUGGAAAGCUCUGCCUGCGCAACUCUGUGGGUCAGGAGAUGUCUCACUGCAAAACCUCCAUCCGUCGAGGACAGCCCAACCCUGUCUACAAAGAAACUUUCAUCUUCCAGGUUGCUCUCUUCCAGCUCUCUGAUGUCACACUAAUGAUCUCCAUAUACAACAGACGCAGCAUGAAGCGUAAAGAGAUGAUUGGAUGGAUUUCUAUGGGUCAGAACAGCAGUGGAGAGGAAGAACAAAGUCAUUGGCAAGAAAUGAAGGAAUCGAAGGGGACACAGGUCUGCAGGUGGCACAUGCUGCUGGAGUCCUAGUGGUUACCAGGACAGCCUGUGGGUCUUGAUGUGAUGAGCUGUCUUUCCUUGUUCUCAGUCAGCAGCAAAAAGCUGUGCCAUGGCAAGCACAGUGCUCUGACAGGUCACUUGCGCUUUAACCUGACUUCAGUAUCAGCAGUCACAGGUAUUAAAGAUGGCAAGGCCUGGGAAGCAAGUUUAGUUCUUGUCUUUCCAGGUUGUCCUGCCU